GGUGAAGAAAAAUUGGCAAUUGCACGCUGUCAAUAUCAGCUAAUUUUGACAGACCCCGAAAAAAGUAAACAACCCGCAAACAUUCUAAAAACCGCGUUAAUUAUGAAAAAUUAAAAUUUACGAAGACGAUGUCUGGCUAUAAACGCGUCAAUUUUUACGAAUUGUGUCGUUUGUGUGCCCAGAGCAUCCAAAAAGAAAAGACGCACACGCACAUAUUCAGGGAAGACGGGAAAAAAAUUCAGCUACAGAACAAGAUCAAAAGUUGCCUAUCGAUAACCGUGAAGGAGGAUGAUUUUUUGCCCAAAGUCGUGUGCUCAAAGUGCAUCAAACAGUUGGAAGUGUGUAACUUGUUUAGAGAGGAGUGCGUCACUUCAGAAACCAUGCUAUCCAGUUAUUUUAAAAAUUUCAGACAGACGGAGGACUUUAAAAAAUCCGGAAAGGUUUAUAUAAAGGAUACCGUGUCUACAGUAGCAACCACGUCCGAAGUGUCAUCCACGAACAUAAACUUAAGCACGGUCCCAUCGCAAAACGUAUUGAACUUAAAGCCGAGCCCUUUGGAGGGACAAUUUUACGCCGUACAGUUACCGAGCACGGCCGCAAACACCACGAAAUUAAAAACCGAAAAGCAAGCGCCACAGUUUCAAAGCUCUCAACAACAGAUGGCUUACAACAUGAACCUGCUGAACGCCGCUAUCAAAAGCACCGUCCAGCAGCUACCCAAGGAACUUUUGAGUAACGUUUUGGUCAAUUCUAACGGGGAGGUGAUCAAUAUCACGCAGCCAUGCGAUCUAGAUGCUUCAUACAGCGCCUCGAAGGGCAAAAAGUGCGACAAAAGCAAGAAACCGUCCAAAGAGGCGGACGAAAACGUCGUCAAAAUCGACUUGACGCACGAGAGCGAAUUGUUCGGCGAGAAACGGGACGGUCUGCCCCAUAUCAAGAGCACGCCCCAGCCCCAGAAGUUCAAUUCUAACGCGGCACCGACUGUGAUUUUUCCCCUAUCCGAAUUUCAAAACGGUUACGCUUCGUACCAAGGGAGCGCCAUAUACUCCCAGCAGAGUAUGUCGGCAAACAAUAAUCUAGCGAACGUGAUAUGCAACACCUCGGAACUAGAUACGGCUCAGUUGAAUCCGGAUUUCAACACAACCACCACCUACGCCAGCCUUUCGAACGUUAUUCAUCAAACCCCAGCUUUGGCGCCGCCCGUGGCCAAUUCGGAUUUAAAAAAUGACCAUCAGAGCAACAAACAGGAACCGACGGACGUCGUCAAACCGCACGCCUGUGACAUUUGUCUGAAAAGCUUCAAACGCCGCGAACACCUCUACCAGCACAUCAAACUGCACACGGGCUUCAGGCCCUACAAGUGUACUCAGUGCAGCAAGUCGUUCAUGCGCAAGGAGCACCUGCUCAGGCACAUGACGUUGCAUUCGGGUAUCAGAAACUACGAGUGCGACAUUUGCAACAAGUGCUUCUCGCGCAACGACAACCUCCUCAAACACAAGAAGACGCACGACAAACAGUCGAGCUACACGUGCGAGGUGUGUCGGAAAGUGUUCGUUAUGAAGCACUAUUACCAGGCGCACAAGAACACCCACGGCAAAUGUUUCGCCCCAACCUAUGGCGACUGCAAAACGUAAAAAAAUUUCAUUCCAAAUGCAAAAGCAGAAUCGAGGGAUAAACAUUGGAGGGCAUUCGAUGUUUUGCCGCCAAAACCUGGCCACACGUGCUGAAGAGGUGUUUUUUUUUACUUUAGAUCCGCCGCCAGUGGGGGUAAUAGCGCAAUCUUUUCAGUAGUGAGAAUAAUCCUAUUUAUGAGCGGGAUGCUUCCCAUUACAUCAAAUAACGAUAAUCAACUUCCGAGUCUUCCAAUGUAGCCAGUUUUGUGUGCAUUUAGCACUUAACACGCCGAAACUAAAUUGAGUGAAAUCCACUAUUUUUUGCGUUCAACUUAAGGCAACAGAUGUCGCUGGCGGGGGAUGUUAGAAGCUUUAAAGCCAUUGGUUUUUGGGCAAAGCAUGGUUUUGAGAACACCUCCCAUCUCGUAAUCGACUGAGCGUACUUACCGUUAGGAAUGAGUCUUUUUUACAUUUUAACGCCAUUUACGUUAUCUAUUUUGACAGCUGUACAUAUGGAUGUAAAAUAACCUACUCUUGUAGAGGAAACUUUAUUCUAGUCAUUUUACAAAAUAGUUCCACUGUCCUAACGUUUAGGAUUUGCAUGUACCUCAUUAAGAAUAUCUAUGUGGAAGAAAAACGGUUUUA